AUGGAUCAGCACAAGUAUCGCACGGCGGGCGUCCAGGAGAAGCUGGAGAUCAUCGGGGUGGAGGACGAGGCCGGGAACCCCAUCAGCGCCCUCACCAUCCUGUCGCUGCUGGAGCGCGUGGCCGGCAUCAUCGACAGCGUGCAGUCCUGCCAGCAGCGCAUGGAGGAGCGUCAGCUGGACCUGGAGAGCAACAUCAAGAGCAUCCAGGGCGACGUGCUGAAGCUGGCCAAGGACCACACCGACACCAGCAGCACGGUGGAGAAGCUCCUGCAGAAGACCCGCAAAGUCAGCGCCAACGUCAAGGAGGUGCGGGCGCGCGUGGAGAAGCAGAACGUGCGAGUCAAGAAGGUCGAGACUUCGCAGGACGAGCUGCUGACACGCAACAAGUUCCGGGUCGUCAUCUAUCAGGGGGAGACAGAGAUCCCAUCAGUGGCCGUCACUAAGUCUCCUAAGGGAGUCGGCCUGGACGGGCUGGAGAUCGAGCCGGACCUCUACGACGUCCCGGCUGACCUGUCCUCUGAUGAAGAGUACCUGAGCGUGGAGGAGACGGACUCCUCACGAGGCGCUCGCCUCAAGAAGUCCAUGGUGAAGAGCACCGAGUCCCUGAAGGCCGCCUUCUCCAAGGAGAAGAUGAACAAAACUAAAGACAACCUGGGCACCAAGUUCCACAACCUGGGCGAGAAGGUCAUGCCGCCCGAGCGCCGGGAGAAGAUGCACCAGGCCGGCGAGCGGCUGAAGCAGUCUGGCGAGCGGCUGAAGGAGAACAUCGCCAAGAAGGCUCCGAACAAAGAGACCUUCCGCAUCAAGCUGAAGAAGGAGAGGGCCGUCGCUGAGGGGCAGGAGGGCGCAGAGGCCGACCCCGAGGCCACGCCCCCGGUGGAGGAUCCACAGGAGGCUUCCCCCGAGGUCGUCUACACGGAGGUGGGCCUGGAAACCAAGAGGGAGGGGCCAGUGGAGGAGGCCGGCGCCACCCGGAUAGAAUAG